GUCCUAAAUUAAUAAAUUGUAUUUAUAUAUGAUGAAUCCCGCCGCAUUUCUGGCUCGUGAAUAGGAUAUUUCGUUUUCCACAGCAGCACAAUUGAAGCUAACAAAGUCUCGCGGACCGCUAGAACCCCUUUAUCGUUCAGUCCGAGACAUAUUACUAUGUAUCGACACGAACUAUUACAAAAAUGUCUACUUCAAAGAUAGAAAGCCGGGAAAAGGAUCCGAUCGCUUCCGUAGAGCUCGUACAAGAGAAUGCGACCUCCAAACUUCCCGAAGCCCCUGAUGGAGGGCUUCGAGCAUGGCUCGUCACAGCCGGAGCUGCCUGUGUUUUCUUCUCGGCUAUGGGCUUCUCUAAUGCAUUCGGGGUCUUUGAGGAGUACUAUUUGUCACAUCAGCUAAAUGGACAAUCGCCGGAUAAAGUGGCAUGGAUUGGAUCUCUGGCUACAGCUCUCCAGUUCCUAUCGGGAAACAUCGGCGGACCGUUAUUUGAUCGAUUUGGUGCAUGGGUGCUCCGACCAGCUAUGGUCCUAUAUGUUUUUUCCAUCAUGAUGACGAGCUUGUGCAAAGAAUAUUGGCAAUUCAUGCUUGCUCAGGGUGUUCUAAUGGGUACUGUUAUGGGAUUCCUUCAAUUGCCGGCUAUGGCAGCAUUGUCUCAAUUCUUUAAUAAGAAACGAGCAGCGGCCUUAGGGAUAGCAAUUGCUGGAUCAUCUCUCGGCGGAGUCAUUUUUCCUAUUGCCUUGUCUAAGAUGCUAAACGGAACUUCUCUCGGAUUUGGCUGGUCAGUACGAAUCAUUGGGUUCGUCACUAUUCCUCUACUUGGGUUUGCAUGUGUGGCUAUUACAUCUCGUCUGCCGCCUAGGACAACUACUUUCUUCGUCUGGCAGGCCUUUAAAGAAACGAGAUUUAUUCUCUUAACAAUUGCGCUAUUCUUCAUGCUUCUCGGGACAUUCGUACCACUAUUUUACAUCCCGACGUACGCCGUCUCGAGAGGUAUGGAUCCAACACUCGCGUCUUACCUUCUCGCGAUCAUAAAUGCCGCUUCCACGUUUGGUCGUGUUAUUCCGGGUAUACUGGCUGACAAAUUCGGACGACUAAAUAUGUUCGCAUUUGGGGCAAUUAUAACCAGUAUUGUUAUAUUCUGCUGGAACAAAACAGAAUCAACCGCAGCGUUGGUGGUAUACUCUAUCGCCAUCGGAUUUAGCACCGGAACCGUCAUUUCAGGGGCAUCGGCAGCGUUUACGGAAGUCCCCAAAGACCCCCGAGACAUAGGCACGUACCUAGGUAUGGGUAUGAGCCUUGGCUCUAUCGCGGCCUUGAUAGGUCCCCCAGUAAAUGGAGUAUUCAUUAGUAAAUAUGGAGGAUACUCUGAAGUAUCUAUAUUUAGUGGCGUAAUGGUCUUGGUGGGCGGCGUUAUAGCCCUUGCAACCAAAGCUACAACACCUAAAGGUCUCCUGGGAAGAAUAUGACACUUAAAUACUUGACACCUUAUCGCGGGUUAAUUUUCCUUGUUCAUUCUUCCAGACAUAUUUAUUAAUCGCUACUCUUGGAUAAUUUAGUCAGGCAACUGAUAGGUUUAGAUCUUUCAAGGUUUUACUAAUGUCUUAAUACAAAGCUAGUGCCCGGC